AUGGACCAACUACGCACUAAGCGCGGCUUCGCCCGAACCACCAUCACCAAAGCCAUAUCAACACUCGACGCCCUGCUCGCAGAUUCGACCACCCCGGCUGGCAGGCUCCAGGAGAUCCUCGACCUCAUCGUGGUAGCAAAUUCACCUUCGCCUGGCCUCUCAUCUCCAACGCCGUCAUCUCGCAUCGCUUUGCCCAAGCUGAACAUCCCAUGUUUUGCCGGUGAGCGGCGCGAGUGGCAAGAAUUUUGGGACCAAUACCGAGUCAGCAUUCAUGACAACGACUGGAUCCCAAAAAUCGACAAAUUCAAAUACCUAUUGACAUACCUGACUGGGCCAGCCAAGGCAGCCAUCCAAGCGUUACCUCCGGACCUCAGCAUCCUGUAUCGUCAGCGGCAAAAGGAAGACCUGCUAGCGGAAAACGCUGAUGCAUAUCAAGGAGCCCAGUCACAACAAGUGAAAGACCUCAUGAACUUCAUUCGAGUUCAGAUAGAAAUACGGGAGCAAAGCGGUCUCGAGGAAGCGACACCGUCCACAAGCCGGCGGCAUCCGCAGCGAGGAUUCCGGCCACCACAACCACCCCUGCCAUCCGCUGCGGCUUUAUCAGCCGAAGUUCGAUCCCCCUACUCGCGCCCCUGCCUGCUGUGCAACUCGCCCGAACACACUAUUCAGGAGUGCUCCGAACGCCUCACUCCGGAAGAGAAACGAAGGAGGCUUCAGGUGGACAAGCUGUGCUUCCGCUGCGCCAAACGCAACCACUUCGCCAACGAUUGCCGAACCUCCAGAUCCCUGCAGUGCCACCAAUGCGCUGGACAGCAUUUGACUUCGCUAUGCGACAUCAACAACGUCAGGAACCGGUCACAGCGUACCGGCAACGCGUCGGCACCACAAGAUCGCGCAUCAGGCCCAGUGACAAGUCCACCAACAGACGGCGAGCUCGUCACCAUGAUGACACGGCAAGGUAUGCUCCCGGCUGAUGCACGUCCAGAAGCGACAACAUUCCGGGAGGACGAGAUCAGUGUAAUAAUAGGAUCGGACAUCUACUGGGACGUGGCAACCGGACAGACAACACGGCUUUCCCUUCAGAUAACAACGGCAGAAACCCUUUUUGGAUGGACCAUACAGGGUACUCUGAGCAGCCUAGCGCAACGGUCGAGAAAGCGAGCUACUUCUCUCUUCAUUGCUGUCGAAGAAGCCACUGAAAACGAUACCGCCCUGGACAUGCGAAUAGCCAACUUAUGGUGCAUCGACUCUCUAGGUGUGCAAGACAGUCCUGACAGCAGCCAAAGUGACAGCAUCACCCUUGAAUUGUUCGAAAGUGAUGUGUCCAAGAAAGGAGAGCGCUACGAGGUUCCCCUUCUUCUUCGGGAGCCAGGUCUGGAAACCGGCCAAAGCAACUACGACCUCGCUAAAAAGCAGCUCCUGAUGCAACUCCGUCGCUUCCGACAGCAACCAGAUCUUCUUGUUCGUUAUGACGACACCAUCAAUGCAUACUUUAAUGAAUCCCACGCAGAACGAGUUCCAGACAACGACACGGUGCCGAAGCCCAACACGUACUACAUGCCGCAUCAUGGAGUAAUUCGUCGUGAUGCUGUCACCACCAAGCUUCGAGUUGUUUUUUACGCGUCAUCUCCCGCUCCCGGUCAACCAUCCUUGAACAACGUGCUCAUGAAAGGGCCCAAGGUGGAUGCAGACUUACUCAAACUUUUGCUCAACUUCAGAAUGCAUCCAAUAAUUAUGGUGGCUGACAUUAAGAAGGCGUACCUUCAAAUCAGCACUCGCCCGGAGGACAGAGAUGCGCUGCGCUUCCUAUGUGUUGCUGAUCUCCCGACGGAACACGAACCAUUUCCACCAAUCAUUCACUGGCGAAUGACCCGCGUGCCCUUCAGCGCUAAGUCCAGCCCCUUUCUCCUAACAGCAACGUUAAAUCACCAUUUCCGAGUCUCCGAAGAGCGAAUCCCCGAAACAGUGGAAUGCCUCCGACAGUCAUUCUACGCCGAUGAUUUAGUGGUCGGUGCGGACAACCUGCAGACGGCUCAACGGAUUUAUUGGAGGCGAGAAUAA